AUGGACCCUCAUCAACAUCCUUAUAGGAACCAGCAGAGUAACAUGGACCCUCAUCAACAUCCUUAUAGGAACCAGCAGAGUAACAUGGACCCUCAUCAACAUCCUUAUAGGAACCAGCAGAGUAACAUGGACCCUCAUCAACAUCCUUAUAGGAACCAGCAGAGUAACAUGGACCCUCAUCAGCAGAAGGCGAGACCCCAGCAUCACCAUCCACACCCCUACACCCAGAUCCCAGCAUCACCAUCAACACCCCUACACCCAGACCCCAGCAUCACCAUCCACACCCCUACACCCAGAUCCCAGCAUCACCAUCCACACCCCUACACCCAGACCCCAGCAUCACCAUCCACACUCCUACACCCAGACCCCAGCAUCACCAUCCACACCCCUACACCCAGACCCCAGCAUCACCAUCACCAUCCACACCCCUACACCCAGACCCCAGCAUCACCAUCCACACUCCUACACCCAGACCCCAGCAUCACCAUCCACACCCAAACACCCAGACCCCAGCAUCACCAUCCACACCCCUACACCCAGACCCCAGCAUCACCAUCCACACCCCUACACCCAGACCCCAGCAUCACCAUCACCAUCCACACCCCUACACCCAGACCCCAGCAUCACCAUCCACACCCCUACACCCAGACCCCAGCAUCACCAUCCACACCCCUACACCCAGACCCCAGCAUCACCAUCCACACCCAAACACCCAGACCCCAGCAUCACCAUCCACACCCCUACACCCAGCAUCACCAUCCACACCCCUACACCCAGACCCCAGCAUCACCAUCCACACCCCUACACCCAGACCCCAGCAUCACCAUCCACACCCCUACACCCAGAUCCCAGCAUCACCAUCCACACCCCUACACCCAGACCCCAGCAUCACCAACCACACCCCUACACCCAGACCCCAGCAUCACCAGCCACACCCCGGCCAGCUAA